AUGAAGAUGAUGAGGCGACAGUGGCUAGCGACAAACAUAGGACGACUGAAGAAAGGUUCAGAACAACCAGCGGUGUUCAGUGUGCGUCCAGCAGAGACUCCAACUGAGGAAUCUAAGAGCAAAACAGAGGAUCUGUGCUUCGGGUUCUUCGAGUCGGUAGGAAUAUCGAGUGAGAGCCGAAGUGUGCCGAAACUAUUGCGAAUAACUCGUGCAGGGAUCUGCAAAUGGCUGCUUCAUAAUAGGAGACGAACAGAGCCAGGAGCCAGAGAGCGGAAGCCAGAAGUAUCACCUCCAGAAAAGAGUAAACAUCGAAGCGCUUCUCGUAGCAAGAUAGUCGAGAGAAGCAGGUCACGGAAGAAAAGGGCAAAAGAAGGCAGUGGGAAGGAGAAAACAUCUGACAGAAAAUCGAAAAAAGACCAUCACAGUAUUGUAAAGUCGAGAUCCAAGCACAGGUCCUUCCUUCUAAAGAAAUCAAAAAUCUCUGCUAAAUCGAGAAGAGAAUAG